UUUGCAACUCUGCAGCGGAAACUAGCUAACUAGCUGGACAAACAUGGCAGACAAGGCGUCGAAGCGGACUGACGUCCCGUUCGCGACCAGGAUAGACCCGAGCAAGGGGGAACUGUCCCCGGAGCAGUUGCACUUCAUCAGGCAGGUGGAGCUGGAGCAAUGGAAGAAGAAGACGCAGAAGCUGCGGACGCGGAACGUGCUGACCGGAUUCGCCAUUGGGGCGCUCGUGCUGGGCAUCUAUGGCUACACGUUUUACUCCGUCUCUCAGGAGCGCAUCAUGGACGAGAUGGACGAGGAGGCCAAGCGUGCUCGGGCGCCAAAGACUGGCGCCAACUGAGGCGUCCAGGCCCUCCGUCGGGACGGCUACCAGCCUUUCUGUGCUCAUCUCAAAGACAGCACUGGACUCCAUCUUUGGCAGGGACUUAAGUCAAAUAAUAAUUUGUGUGCGUGUGCAGCCAUUUUGUGCGAGAUCUGAAGUGACCUUCCGUAGCAGAUAAUGCAAAAUGACAGCACUUAAAACAACAUGAAAUGGUUGUAAUUAACUGUAUUUAUGUUGAUAAAGUGUUAUGUAGAAUGAAAUUGAUUCAUUUUGUUUUGCAAAAAAAAAACCAAAACAACUCACUCGGUUAAUUUUUAAAAAUUAUAUUUAUUGAGCUGGGAAAUCCAUUAUAGAUGAGGAGAAAUACAAAAUAAGACCUUGAGGAAAAGGCACAGAUGGCAGCAGCUUAUUGGAAACACUUAUUCUACAUUGCACAUUGUUUAUUUUGCAAAUCUUUCAAUAUAUUAUUUGAUACUUUUUUUUUUCUCAAAUGUCCAGUGUGAAUGAUUUUUUUUUAAGGCACAUUGCCAGCUUGGACAUUCUCCCUUGUUUUAUUUUUAUAAAUGAAUACCAUUUGACCGACAAUUGAUAAAUGAAAAAGCUAAAGUGCAUGAGGUGCUUGAUUGAUCUAUCCUAAUAAAAUAAUGUAUAUUUGUA